AUCGCCAGACCCCAGUACCUGUCCCUCUACCACUGUGGCUUUGUACCACUUCUUGUUUUUAGAGACUGUGUGUUUUCGUAUUGGAGAAGGUUUGUGUGUUUGCACGCCUAUCAGAAGGAUUGGCAUUCUGGGUGUCUUUUACAUAGAAAUAUCUAAUGUGUUCCCAAGUGUGUGAGGUUAGGAAUUAGAAAGCUCAGAAAUGGAAAAUAUUUAACAUUCGGGGAGCAGAUGAACACAAGGUUGCCAUUUGCAUUUUCCCUUUCGCUCUGACUCAUCUUCCCCUAUCUCCACCCUACUGCCCCUUCACCAGCCUCACCCACCGACACACCCUGUCUGAUCUAGGAGGGGCUGACACCUGCCUGCAUCCAAGCUAGAAUGGGAGGGAGAGCAUCCUAGACCUGGAAGGAGAGAGUGGUAGAAGGCUGCUCUGAAUAACCUUGGACUGGGGCCAAAGGGAGAAAAGCAAACCUUACCUUAUUGGAUCUAGGAGGGGACUGGAAUCUAGGGAGAAACGUAUGGGGACUCAGACUGAUUCUUGUCACUAAAGCAGUCUAUCAACGACUGGCUAGUUUCUCUCCCAGUUAGUUACCGCAUUUAUGUGACAUACCAGACACAUACCACAGAUAUCCGGAAAGAAGUGAAUAUGAAGAUCAGCUGAAGGAUCAGAUUAAUAGAAUGGGAGAAAAAGAAAAGCAAGAAAAAGAUAAAGUCUCAUUUAUCCCUUCCUCAAAUUUAAGAGUGCCAAAGCUGGGUGUGGUGGCUGUGGUGGGGCUGCCUGGCUGAGGCAGGACAGAGAUUUCAAGGACAUCUUAAACUACACAGGAAGAGGAAGAGAGAGGGAGAGACAGAGAGAGAAAGAGAGAGAGAGGCUAAAAUUGUGAAGAGACGGAAAUCUCCAGGGACCUUGACCCCUUUAGUAGAAAAUGAAAGAAGCCCCUGGUUUUGAUUUCAGAGAAAUGUCAUUUGUCAUCAGCCCAGGAAAAGAUUUCUCUCAUCGAAGACCACCACAGGCUUCCUGGGGCUACCCCCUCAGAGUCUGCUGGGAGGAUCUGAGUCACACAGACCCGGUCCUUGCUGUGGUCCAGAGGACAAGGGUCAGCCUACAGAAUAAGAGGAGCUCAAUGAACUAAGCCAGAGAGAAGGGACGAGGCUCAGCCUCUAGUUCCCUUCUGCUUCAAAUUCCGCUUCUGUCCUUAUUCUUCUGAGGUGUCAGAAAUGGUCUUCAGCUACUCCCUGCGACUGUCACCUCUAAGACACAGAAGUAACAGCAGCUAAUGCUGGCCUGUAUGCGCAGAGCACUUCCUUAUGCCUGGCUCUUCACCCGCGCCUCCACCUUGGAAGGACAUCACUGAGAUGAGAUGCGUGAGGUGACAGAGGCUCAGAUGACUUGCCCAAGGUGACUCAACUAGUAAAUGGCAGAGAUGAGGCUCAGCCUCUAACUUUUCCAAAGUGCCUGUCACUAGAGGCUCACAACUUUGACUAUAAGGAACCCACAGUAAGAGUUACUUCUGUGUCUUAGAGGUAUAAGGCCACACCCCUUUGGGGGACUGUGGCAGACUGAUACUUGGGAUGACUGAGGAUGGGGUGGAGCUAGCUGGAGGUGGGGGGCAGGAGCCCCAAGAGCAGUAGAGAGCAUGCGGUGCCAGGAGGCAGCUACAGAGGCCUGAAUAUGCGAUUUCUCCCUCCCCUUUCGGCCAUGGACCCCACAUUGUGACUUUUCUUUUAGAGCCUCUGAAACUGGUAGAUUAGCCAGGAGCAAUGCCCCAGACCCCCACAAGAAUAACUAGCCCCUAUGGCUCUGAUAGGUUGGUGCAGUUAGCCGCAAGGCUUCGGCCUGCACUGUGUGACACCCUGAUCACUGUAGGGGGCCUGGAGUUCCCUGCUCACAGUCUGGUGCUGGCAGGAGCAAGCCCAAGGCUGGGUUGCAGGGGCCGGUGGGCUCUGGUUGAAGGCAUCAGCCCAUCUACCUUUGCUCAGCUUCUGACCUUUGUGUAUGGAGAGAGUGUAGAGCUACAGCCUGGGGAGCUGGGGAACCUGGAAGAGGCAGCCAGAGCCUUGGGAGUGCAGGCCCUGGAAGAGGCAUGCAAGCAAGCUCAAAGGGAUAACAAUGAAGACGAGCUGGAUCCAGGACCGAAGAGGCACCAUGAGUCAGAAGAACUCAUGAGGAGUUCUGAGAGAGGACUGGGGGGCCCUGGAGAGAAACAGACACCAGAGAAGGAUUUUGGACGUAAUGAGGGAGGACAGGAGACAAUACACAAGCGCAAAGCCCCCAGGGAGAGCCCAGAGAUGGCAGCGGUAACUAGGAAGAGAUCAGAGGAGGCCCUCAGUCCAGUCUUGGUGGGCUCCGGGGUAGCAGAGAGGAAGCAAGGAGAGGCCAUGAGAGGUUUAGAGAGCCCCGAGGGCUCUGAGGAGUGUCUUCGUGGGUGCUCUGGUCCCCUUUCCUCACCAGGUUCCCUCCUAACCAGCCUUAUUCCCAGGCCCUGUUGGGCUGAGGCCCCUUGGUUGGGGGAGGGCCAACCUGCCCUGUGGAGCAUCUUCCUGUGGCCUCCCAGAUAUGGCGCUCCUUUCUCCCUUAGCACCCCCAUCACUGCAUCCUGGCAGGUCUGGCCUCAAGACCAGAGGAUCCCACUGACCUUGAACCACUCCAAAGGUCUUUGGAGUCAGAAUCGGCAGCCCUCCUCCAGCCCCACUCCAGGAUCCUUUCCCCAGGGCCCCGAACAACUCAGCCCUUGGGAGAUAGAGGAGUCUGGGCAAGGGUACACAGGCCCACUGGCAACCUGUGUGGGUCAAGAAUGCACACUGAGCUGCCCGUCUCACCAACACCCUCCUUUACCCCUCCCUGCUCGUUCUCGGCCCUAUUCUUGCUCUGUCUGUGGAAAGAGGUUUUCACUCAAGCAUCAGAUGGAGACGCAUUACCGAGUCCAUACAGGAGAGAAGCCCUUCUCCUGUAGCCUCUGUCCUCAGCGCUCCCGGGAUUUCUCUGCCAUGACCAAGCACCUGAGGACACAUGGGGCUGCUCCCUAUCGCUGCCCUCUGUGCAGUGUUGGCUGCCCCAGCCUAGCUUCCAUGCAGGCGCACAUGCGUGGCCACUCGCCCAGCCAGCUGCCGCCUGGAUGGACCAUACGCUCCACCUUUCUCUACUCUUCCUCAAGGCCGAGUCGGGCCUCGAUCUCUCCCAGGAGUCCUACCUCCUCCUCUGGCACCUGACCGGGUAUUGAUAGCUUCUCUGGCUUGAUAAGUGUCCAACCAAAGAAUGAAAGGCGGGCCCUGUCUCUAAUGCCACCUGGCUAAUUUGUCCCGCAGAAGCGCUGCAGGACAGGAACCAGGAACCCUCUCUGGAUGCGCGUGGGUUGCGGAAGUCUCGGCUGACUAGAGAGUCCGAGUUAAAGACAUUUUAGUUGGUUGGAGUAAAGACUAACUGGGGACUAUUAAUUUCAUCACUAUAAUAAAGAGUUUUUUUGUGCUGUUCAGUCA